UAUUUACGUUGCUCGAAACGAGGACCCCUGUCCUUUAAUUGACCCAAGCUAAUGAACCAUGUGUAUGUUAGAUGCAUUUUCACCUCUCCAAAUUGAUGAAAUCGGGACCAUGAUAUAGACUUGUAUCUUUUCCACAUAAAGCAUGUGCUUACUAUACUAUGGAAUUGAAUGACUUGUCGGUCGGACUAGUAAAACAAUCGAUCGAAUGGAAUAGCUUAUGAUUUUUUGUCUGUUUAGGGGGUUAGCACUUAGCAAUAAGUCAGCUAGUUGAUAGCAAUUAAAUAGUGAAUGUUUGACAUUAAUACGAUCUGAUUGAUUUAUUGGUUCAAUAUUUUAACAGAAACAUAGAAUUACAAAAAAAAAAGCGAGAGGUGAAAACAUGAGGACCAACCGUAAUUUUUCUUCUUCUUACUUCCUCUUCAAUUUGUUUCUAGUUUGCGCUUUGUAACCCCUUCAUAUAGAUUCCCGCUUUUCCUUCCUGAUACAACCGAAACUACUCUAUUAUAUGGACGAUUUUGUAAACGAUGCACCAGCCGUUCCGUAACGAGUAAGCAUUGAAUCGUAGAUCACUAAAAAAAAAUUUGGAUCAACAUCCAGUCUGAUUCUCAAAGCAUAGUCCUAGAAUUUCGUGCAUUAUCUGUAUUUUUGCUGAUAUCGUCAAAAAUUCGUAAAGAUAAUGGAAGAAACCAAUAUCAAUUAAUAUUAAGAACAUUUACUGUCAGGUUGCCAGUUGCUCCCAACAUUUUGAAUUCUGGAGAGAAGUUCAUAUAUAAAUCUUAACCACCUUCUUACAUUCCUCUUCAUAUGAAAGCCCAACUCACGGAAGCGCGGUAAACCAACGUUGUGCCAAAUCAAAACAAACCAUCAACAAUUUUCCCAACAGAAAGAGGAUUAAUAUAAACACCUUAGGAGUGGCAUGGUAAUUAUGAAAGCAGUAAAACCUCACGAUUCAAAAAUCAUAAUGAAGCAUUUAGCUUUGUUUUAUUAGAAAUUGAUUUAAGGUUUUGUGUCUUUCUCAAUCUCACGUGGAUGCCAAUAUAUAAAGCAAAAAAACAGGCAGCCCGUGCGAUUGCCCGAACCCCAUGCCCGAGAAGUAGUGAUGGCAAUGGGUCGGGCGGAUACCUCAAUACCCAUGCCUCGUCCCACGCUAUUAUGGGUCGGGCCGGGUAAUAUCCGUGCGGGUACGGGGUGGGGCGGGUCGACCCACUCUUAUAUGCUAUUUGAAAAAAUACACACAAAAAUUUAAUUUUUACGGCAAAACCAAGGGGAAAAGACUUCAUCAAUGAAUAAUAGUGAUAAUAUAAUGGGUAAUUGAGUCUAUCUAGUUGAAAGAUCAAGUCGAACUAUUUAAGGAAAAAUCAAAAUAUGAUAUAAACCAAUGGAUGACAUAAAAAAUUGACCUAGAACUGGCCAAGAAUGAGGCAGGGCGGGUAGGAAGUUGAUACCAUGCCCCGCCCCAUGCUACUACGAGUCGGGUAAUACCCACCCAAUCGCGGAUCAGAUCGUGUAAUACCCGGCGGGACGGGUCGAAAUUGCCAUCCCUACCGAGAAGCAUCAAGAUCCGCCAGAAAACGAGCACGUCGCCCCGUUUCAGUGGCUGAGGAUAUCCGGGCAGCAACCACAAAACCCACCGCGGGCAGCUGUGGCCUCCGUAAAAAUAUCUAGGAAAAAACCCAUGGUGCCGGCCCGGCCCGGCCCGCCACCAGCUCCGCAUUUUAGAUUUUUCCUCUCCCAACCCAACCAAUCAGGUGCGAGGUUUAGAUCCAGAAUUGAGUUUCAGCCGCCGUUAACGCCCGCCGUUAGAUAGAUAUACGAAGAUAUCUCCCUGCUUCCUCCGCCGCACGAUUGACUGUGGGACCCGCGCCCCACUACAAUAAUCCCAUUGUCAUGCAUGGUUUAAUGCCCCGUAUUAUGCAUAUGAUUAAAGCUUAAUCAUCUUUAAUUUAAUUAUAAUAACAAAUUUAUAUUCCUAAUAGGUAACGACAUAUAACUUCUCGAGUAUACAAUACGAAAUGUAUUUCACCGUUAGAUGUAUUUGAAGUUGUUUGAAAGUUGUGAAUUUUUUUAAUUAUUACUAUAUUCAUACUGUUUAGAAUUCUUUUUUUUUUUGUGUGCACACACGAUAACAAUGCAAGGAUUUUUCCAAAAGUAGCACUGUUUUAAAAUUUUUUUAUAAAAAUAGCACCCAAAUCCGAAAAAUUACAAAAGUAGCACCCUUUCUGCAAAACCGCCACCCGUACCAGCGGUUUAGGUUAAAACCGCCACCCGGGGGAGCGUUUUUCGAUGAAAACUGCACUGGCAGGGGGCGGUUUUACAGACCGCACCCUCACCAUGCGGUUUGGUUGCAGAUCGCACUCCCACCAUGCGGGUUGGUUGCAGAUCGCACCCCCACCAUGCGAUCUGCUUUUUUUUUUUUUUUUUGAAAAUCCUAACCUAGGUGGAAACUUCAAACGAACGUAUCUUUGUGUUCGGGUAUCCUAAUGUCGCGAAUUUUUUUUGAUUCCGCAUAACUUUUUGAGAUCUUACAAGUCAAAGACUGUCGAAGGUGGUUUGGUCCCGCCUUCGUCCCAAAAAAUGUCGUUUGCUACCCCGAACGAGCUUUUUUCCGAUUUCGUCAAACUUUGGACAACCAUAACUUUGUGCUCCAAAAUCCAAACGACAUGAAUUUUUUUUUAUUUCGCAUAACUUUUUAAGGACUACAAUUUUACUAAGAAUGAAUUUUCAAAACGGGAAUUAUUUUUGGAUAUACUGGAUUUUAGGAAUAGCUUACCUUCCCUUCUCAGCAAUCCACGUACAUAUUGAAAUUAUGUCUAUGAUAAAAGUUGUAUUCCUUAAAAAAUUAUGAGAAAUAAAAAAAAUUUAUGCCGUUUGGAUUUUGGAGCACAAAGUUAUGGUUGUCCAAAGUUUGACGAAAUCGAAAAAAAGCUCGUUCGGGGUAGCAAACGACAUUUUUUGGGACGAAGGCGUGACCAAACCACCUUCGGCAGUCUUUGACUUGCAAGAUCUCAAAAAGUUAUGCGGAAUAAAAAAAAAUCGUGACGUUCGGAUACCCGAACACAAAGAUACGUUCGUUUGAAGUUUCCGCCUAGGUUAUGAUUUUUCAAAAAAAAAAAAAAAGCAGAUCGCAUGGUGGGGGUGCGAUCUGCAACCAAACCGCAUGGUGGGGGUGCGGUCUGUAAAACCGCCCCCUGUCAGUGCGUUUUCAUCGAAAAACGCGCCCCGGGUGGCGGUUUUUACCUAAACCGCUAGUACGGGUGGCGUUUUUGCAGAAAGGGUGCUAUUUUUGAAAUUUUUCGGAGUUGUGUGCUAUUUUUGGAUUUUUUUUUAAACAGUGCUACUUUUGGAAAAAUCCCAACAAUGCAUGCAUGGUUUAUGUGAUAGAACGUAAACUACCAAUAUAAAUGAGUGAUUGUUACUUAUAUCUCAACUUUUAAUUGAGAUUGUUGAUUUUAACUAAUAAUAACUUAUGGAACAAAUUAACAAAACCUUCGCAUAAUUAAUUAGUGGAAGUCGUUUUCUCUGCAAAUUUGUUUUAAAUUGUCAAACUCCUCUAUCGCUCACCGGCAGAAAGAUUGAUUCCAUCUUUAAUUAAUUCCAACCCCAGGAAUUAGCUAAUCAAUUUGAAGCUAAACUCGUUUUUAUAUUGUGGGGAUGGUUAGCGUUGGUAGAAUGUGAUUGGAGGAAGGAUAGUAGGUGUCGUGGAAGAAGAAGAAGAAGAAGUAGUGAAGUAAAGAACAAUCUAGAACGACAAAAAACCAACCCCGCAAAAGCUAAAUAGAAAAGUGUGGAGGUGAAUGUCGGUCGCCCCACCAUCCAUUAAACCCUAUUGAUUAACCCCUAAAUAUUAAUUAAUUAGUUGAAUCAUCACUACUAAGAGCAUGCUAUAUUGGCUAGUUAUAACAAAAAAUUAGUCUCUAAUUAGCUAUUAAGUUAAAAGUUUUUUAGUCCGUCUACAUUUUGUAGGUUUUCCAUGUUAGAGAGUGGUUUAAGAUACAGCAGAACCUUCUCCCAAUAACUCGAGUUAUUGGGAGCAACUGGUUUAUGACAUGGUACCAGAGCUGGUUUGGUCAAAUGGGCGUGUGUUCGAAACUCCACGACCCUCAAUAUUAACAUUUGAUUAAAGCACAAGGUAUGAUGGGCCUGUGCAAACUUCAAGCCCAUGAGUUGGCGCAAUGAUGAGCCCGUAGGUUUUACGAUUACGAUUUUGUUGAGCUGUUUUGAUCUUGAUUGGUCUGUACCACUUAUGGGCUUUAAAAUCUUACGCUACUCAUAAUUUAAAUCAUUAAAAUCUAGUUUUCGAGAGAAUUUUAACGAUUUUAACUUGCAUGUUGAAUUAGUUAAAUGCAGAGCAAGUUGAACCGAGUUAACGAAACUAGAUCAAAUUCUUGGAUCAAUUUUACUCCCCCUCCUCAAUUUAGCGAAACAUAACGUUUUUUUCCUCUCCAAUUCUCCUCCAUCAACAUCAUUUCGUUCUCUCUCGCUUUGGCCACCAACGACUAUCAUAAAUCCACACCAACUUACAGAAUCAUCAAUGAUUCAUCACUUCCCAACAACCAUAAAUGCAUCAACAACCCAAAGCCGCGCGCCAUCCGACAACUGAUAAUACUUUUCUUUCAACUGUUCAUUACAACAACAAACCGGUGGUGUUGAAAGACCCGAUACGACAACUGUAUAUCGACUGCUCAUUCAUCAUCAUGUCUACUCGACGAUGCUACGACAACGUAUAGAAUUUUUUUUUAUGUUUAAAAUGGAUAUAUGAAAGCUUAGAAAAAGAGUGGACAAAGGAAGAGAUAGCUACUCUCUGAUUGAAAGAGCCACAGAUAUAGCCAUGUCUCGUGGAGCAAGCAACAACCCUUUACUUCUUAUCUCUUCCUAUUUAUUUGGCCAACUUCUCCUUAACGUACCUAUAACGUGCAUGUUAACAUACAUAACAUAACAUGUUCAUGUGACCAGCCCGCAGUUGGCAAAGUAACCCAACUUGCUUAGCCAAACUUCAUCAUGCACCAAAUAUUCGGGGCCAAUAUUAAAGUUGUAUCAAACCCGGUCUAUUAUAUACUAGAUCAUCGUGUGCCGAUCAUUCGAGUUGAUUUUUAAUAUUUAACCGUUGAUAUCACUUGUACGUAUUACUAGGGUUGCAAAUGAGUCGAGUCGAGUUUUACCUCAGCCUGAGCUCGGCUCGUUAAUAAACGAGUCGAGCUCGAGGUCAGCUCAUUUAUUAACGAGCCGAGUCGAGUUCGAGCUAGCUUGUUUAUUAAAAUCUUAACUUUUAUUUGAUACUUCAUUUUGUAUAUCAUAAUACAUAUGAUUUAUUUUGUUAGCUAAUCUCAUAUUAUACUUUGUUGGUAUCAUAUAUAAUUUAGUUAAUAAAUUUUAACUACUCCAAAUCAUGUUAUUUCAUAGUAUCGAAGCAAUUUAUGAUGCAUAAUUUCUUUUUAAAGUAGAAAAUAAGAUAUAUUUGCUCACAAACUCAACGUGCUAAACUUAUAUAUGGUGAGAUUUAUAAUUUAACAACCAUAUGAAUUAAAAUCAUAAGAUAUAGAUUGAUUCGUCCAUAAGUUGGUAAUCGAGUUGGCUCUCUAGCCACAUGUCAAGACAUAUCAUGAGCUCUAAACGAGCCAGCUCACGAGUUUAGCUCAACAAGCCACCGAAUCGAGCUAGCUCGCGAGCUUCACGAGCUGAACAAAGGUGAGUUCGUGUUCAGCUCGUUUAUUAACGAGUCGAGUUUCGAACGAGCUUUUCUCGAGUCGAACGCCAAGCCGCUCGACUCAUUUGCAGCCCUACGUAUUAUAGAUGGCUGAAAACAAACAAGAGAUAAAGUCGAACCCAACGAAAGAAGGAAACAUCGAAAGAACCUUUACGUUCCACCAAAUGGACAACCCUAUUCCAAACAAACCAAACACUAAACUGAAACAAACUCACCACGCAAAGUCACGAUCUCCUCGAAUUGCCCAUCUACCAUGAUGAUCUCAUUGACUUUAUGAUGGAACAAUGAAAAUUGCAUGUUACAUCUUUUUUCACCACUUGGGCUCUAAGCCCUGGACGCCGGCCCAUUUGAAGGAACAGAAAUGGGCUUCAACGGAGCCCACUCCUUACUUCUCUCAAUUGGCACGUGCAUCCCGCUCUCGCCACGUGCGGGUGCCAGUUAGUCCUCCUCGUUCGACGGUCAACCCGAAGAAAAAAGAAAGACGCAGGAAAGCCGGAAAGUGAAUCAAUCAAUCCGAAAAUGCAAAAAAGCGACCAGCUAAUCGGGAGAUCGGAAGAGAAGUGAUCGCUUGUUUCUCAGAUCACCGGAAAACCUCCCCGUUGCUGUAGUCUCUAUUCUACCUGUUGAAAGCUCAGCUCCCAAAAUGAAGCUCCUCGUCGGUAUUCUCUUCUCCUUCUUCCUCGCUGUUCCCUCCGCCGUCGCCAGAGGCGGCGAGCGCGGCGGCACUCUCUCAGAUUAUGAGAAUGAUAGGAGCAAUGUGGCUACUACUGCACGGAUUUUGCUUGAAGAUGAGAAGUCACAGAACAAGAUCGCUAGAGCUCGUGGUUACAUGACGAACUCGGAUCUCGAGGAGGCAGUGAAGGAUUUUGGGGGAAGAUGUAGCAACAUUUCUAGGAUAUACAGUAUCGGGGAGAGUGUGAAUGGAGUUCCGCUGUGGGUAAUAGAAAUUUCUGACAAGCCUGGAGAAGAAGAGGGUGAGCCUGCGUUCAAGUAUAUUGGAAAUGUUCAUGGGGAUGAACCUGUUGGGCGUGAACUUCUUAUUCGAUUAGCUAAUUGGAUAUGCGACAACCAUUUGAAGGAUCCUCUGGUCAGAUCAAUUGUGGAAAAUAGUCACCUUCACAUUCUUCCAUCCAUUAACCCUGAUGGUUUUGCACUACAGAGGCGUGGUAAUGCAAAAAAUAUUGAUCUGAAUCGUGAUUUUCCUGACCAGUUCUUUCCUCUGAAUGAUGAUAUAAAUACGCGUCAGCCUGAAACAGCAGCAGUUAUGAAAUGGUUGGGAGAGAGACGUUUUACAGGUUCUGCAACUUUGCACGGGGGUGCACUUGUUGCAAAUUAUCCAUGGGAUGGUACCCGUGAUGGAAGGAAACAUUAUUAUUCAUGCCCUGAUGAUGAUACUUUCCGGUUCCUAGCAAGCACUUAUAGUCGAUCUCACCAUAACAUGUCUUUGAGCAAGGAGUUCCCAGGGGGCAUAACAAAUGGAGCACUUUGGUACCCAAUAUAUGGAGCAAUGCAAGAUUGGAACUACAUACAUGCUGGAUGUUUCGAGUUGACCUUGGAAAUCAGUGAUGAUAAAUGGCCUAUGAUAGAUGAGAUCCCUACACUUUGGGAGUACAACAAAAUGAGUUUGCUGAACCUUGCAGCUUCAGUUUUGAAGACAGGCGUACAUGGAAGGAUCUUUGCCUCAGAUUCUGGAACUCCUUUGCCUGGAUUUAUCACCAUCAAGGGAAUAAACUACACGGUGACCGCUGGCAGAGCAUUCGGGGACUAUCAUCGGCUACUGGUCCCUGGAGACAGAUACGAAGUCCUGGCUUCUAUGUCCGGGUACAAAUCUAAGACGACGACCAUAUCACUAGGAGAGGUAGCCAUGACACUGGAUUUCAUUCUCGAUCCAGAGACCACAACCGAGCGGUAUUUAUGGAGAACUUCUGGUUGCAACUGUGGCAGCAGCAGCAGCGGCGGAGGCAAGUUUGGCCUCGAAAUGUUGUGGACGCUGCACUUGGAAGUUUAUGCUGUUAUCAUCAUAUUACUCUUUUGGUUUCUGUUAAGGAGGAGAUUGAAAUCCAAUCUCUUGAACGAUAAACCGCAGGCAGCGCGAAGUUCCUUACUUCCUGCGUAGGCAGCUUGUAGUAAACUUGUACAACAAUUUGUACCAUGGUUAUAUGAAAAGUUCAGGCCAUACACAAGAAAACUUCUUUGACCAAUUUAAAAAUAUGUUAAACUAAUAAUUUAUCGGCCCCUCCUACACAAAAUUUAUGGCUCCAAGCCCUCCAACCCUGAACCCGAGUGAAUUUUUAGCGUCACAAGUGUUUGGUGAAAUUUGUGGUCGAGGUGUAUACACGUGUAGGUUCUGUCAUUUUGGUUUGCCUUAAAUUUUGGUCUAUUUUCAAUAUGAAUGUCCCUCUUUAAAUGUACACACAUGAGUCCCUCCUCUACACACAUAAAUGUAUUCACCAAGUUGCUCUCAGUUAACGCAAUGUCCCACUUGCUGUAUAUUGGCGGCGAAACAAGGGCCAAGAAAGAGCUACAUUUCUAUUCCAUUGGGUGGUGGUGGUAGAAAUUUGAACCCGCCAUACCGUGUAGGGUUUUAUUCAAUCUGAUUCGUAUCGAGGUGGGUAAUAUCCAACUCGCAAUAGCGUGGGAUGGCAUACGAGUACCGCUUCCGUUUUGCCUCGCUCCGUUCAUGAUUCAUUCCACCUUAAUUUGUGUUAAUAUUUUAAUUAUAUUUACGUAAGGGUUAUUGAAGGAUCAAGUCUGACUAACUAGUUGAAUAAAAAGUCCAAAAUAAG